AUGGCGCAAGAACGCAAAAGCAGUGGUCAGAACUUAGAGAUGCAAGAUAAACCUGACGGCGGCGGUUGUCUGUCGGCGACCGACGAAGAACGCGAACCCUGCCUGAAGGCGUCCACCGACCUGUCGCCGGUGACCGACAAGAACAACGGCACCGCAGCCGCACCACCGCCGUCCACGGACAACAACAACGGCACCAGCAACGGAAAGUUCCACGCGUUCGCGGCCGCCACCAGCCUGGAGCAGAAGCUCCGGGACAAGACCGGCUUCUCCAGAACGGGACUGGUCGUGGCCGUGGCCGCAGUGCUCCUGUGCGUCGUCCUGUUCAUCACGCUGGUCGUGCUCCUCUUCAUGUGGCCGUCACCGCCGCGCCACUUCCCCGUCUGCCGGAGGGCUGCCUGUCUCCGAGCUUCAGCCGAGGUUCUACCCAAAAUCAACUUUACUCAACAGCCGUGCGAAAAUUUUAGAGAAUACUCUUGUGGAGGAUGGCUGCAAACCAACGACUUGCCGGCGUACAUGAGUUCGUGGAGUUUGAAAAAACGCAUUCAACAAGAUCAAAAAAUAAAGAUCAGGAACAUGGUUGUUACGUUGAGAAACGUUGCCAGUUCCACCUCGUUGAACUGGAAGAUGAAGCAUUUCUACGAAUCGUGCAUGAACCUGGACAAUAUCGAAACAGAUGAAGGAAAACCUUUAAAGAAGAUUAUUAGUACUAUCCUAGGUGGUUGGCAUGUAUUAAAAGAUUUUAACGUUCAUGAGUGGGACGUGACUAGUACCAUUGUACAAUUGCACUCCAAAUACAACGUGAGUCCGUUUUUUAAGAUAGACGUUGUUCCUGACGAUAAGGUUGCAGGCCAAAACAUAAUUCAGAUAUCGCCAGCAGGACUAGGCUUACCCGACCGAAGGUAUUAUUAUAGGCAGCAAGAGAAUAAAAUUGUGGCAGCCUACAAACAGUACAUGGUGGACGUAUCGCAAUUACUCGGCGCCACCAGUGGUGACGCAUCGAUAUUCAGCAACGACAUGUUCCACUACGAGAAACGUAUCGCAGAAAUAACGCCAGCUAGCAAACAAGAGGAUCCAUUUCAUUCUCACCGACGGUUCAAGUUGUCUAAACUGAAAGAAAUCGCUGGAAUGAUUCCGCUUUUAGACAUCUUGCAAUCAAAGUUUCCAGAAAGUAAUAUUGGCGACGACACGUUCGUAUCGGUUGUGUCACCGACUUAUUUCAGUAACUUAUCUAAUCUGAUAUCGUCGUCAGACCGCAGUGGACUAAACGACUAUUUCAUGUGGAAAAUGGCUGAAGCUUAUGUCCCAUAUUUAUCAGUCAAGUUUAGGGAAAUUGUCAAAAUUUACACAGCUGAGCUUACGGGCGAGAAAGAUUUGCCACCUAGAUGGGAGAUUUGCGUUUCUCUGUUGCAAAAAUUUAUGGGAUUCGGUAUAACCGCUACGCUGGAACCACACAUCGAAAAAAAGGCUGACGUUGUAGCCGUAGUGAAAGACGUUUUUGAGAACAUUAAAGAGUCGAUUAUAUCAAACGUAAAAAAAACCCAAGACUUAGGAUCAGAGUUGAGUGAUCACGUACUCAACAAGUUGAACUCAUUGACAGUACAAAUCGGGUUACCAGAAAAUAUGCUCCAAGAGAAUUACGUGAAUCAAUUCUACAACCAGUUGCAAAUUCAAAAGCUUGACUUUUUCCAAAACGUAAAUUACGCCGUAUCAUUCAUUAAAGAUUAUUCGCAGAUCAAACUUAAAUCCAAGAAAGAAGAAUAUGGGUGGUUGGAUGACUUGGUGUCUGAAGAUCCAAAAAUCACAUACAACGUAGCCAAUAACAAAGUAAUCGUUCCACUGUCGUUGCUAUCACCACCUUAUUUCGAGACUGGUUAUCCUGAGGCUUUGUUGUAUGGAGGUUUGGGUGUAGAAAUCAGCUCAGCCAUUCUGUCCAGCGUGUAUCCACCGGGAGUGGCUCACGGCACAGACGGAGUAUUGUUACAAGCCCACUCGGCGGCCGUCAACCGAAGUAUCGGCGCCACUGUUGAGGCCCGCUCUUGCUUCGGCCAAUUCCUAAAGGACCAACAGGUGGAUUUCGUUAACAACACAGUGCUGACAGCAAUGUUAUCAGUAUCGAGCGUUCGAUUUGCCCUGCAGAGCUUAACGAAAAAAACGCAAACUGAACCACAUUACCAUCAACCGGCCAUGGAGUCCUAUGAAUACGACGCGCUGUUCUUCAUAGGAUACGCACAAUCUCUGUGCACAAUCAAAUCUCCACAACAACAAGAUUUGGACACCAUGUACGACUUGAUGUCUGAUGAAUCUCUUUUAUUAAAAACGAUAUCUGAACAUUCAGAAUCUUUCAAAAGUGCGUUCAACUGCAUGGGGAGACCAAUAAAGACAUGCGAAUACAUCUACUGA